AAGGCCAGGCGAGCGGGGCCACGCAGAGCGGAGGCACGAGGCAGCGGGGCUCCUGGGCAGAUCCUGCAAGUUAAUUGCAAGCCACUUCGGAGAAGAAUGUUUUCACCUUUGCUUAUCCUCUCUCUGCUGGUGGGGAACACAGCGUCAUCAGGCCCAGUGAGCAGAGCAGAGCCUGUAGCAUCCAGGGAUGUCACCACCUUUUUCCAGCUGGCUCAGGAAAACUCUUGGGAGAAUGUUAAUCUCACCAGCAUGUCCUGUGAGGAUCGGAAGAACAGGACCUGGAUCACACUGCAGCUGACCAACAGCAGCCUGACAGCUUUCCCCGUCUGCCUUCCAGAGGCCCUGGUGACCCUGGACCUCAGCAACAACCUCUUAGAAGAGGUGAAUGGCACAGAGAUAGCAAACCUCAAGCGGCUGCGCAUCCUCUCAAUGAGGCACAACCAUCUCCAGGCAGUCAGAUGGGGAUCUGAAGCCCUCAGCAGUCUCCACUCCUUGGACUUAAGCUUUAAUAAGCUGUCAUUUGUGCCCUCAUGCCACAGCGCUGCCCUUCCUAACUUGAGGUGGCUGUCCCUGGCCGGAAAUCCACUGAUAGAAAUCCAACCACUGGCUUUUUCCUGUUACCCUCACCUGCAGUUCCUGAACCUCUCUGCAACGCUGCUUGGGAAGGAUGACAGCAGGGGAAUUAGGGAGUCUGCUUUUGCCAUUAGCACAUCUCCCACUGAGGCCAUAAACAAGCUUGGAAACACCAUCAACAUGCUUGAUCUGAGUGAGACCUUUCUUGAGAAAAUUCAACCAGAGUGGACCAGAGACUUGUCCAACCUCAGAUCACUUCACCUGACAAAGAUGUCACGAUUAAGAAGCCUCGAUACUGACUUCCUCAGUUCCAUGCCUGAUCUCCAAGAGCUGAACUGUCAAGACUCCCACUCACUGGGUUUCAUUAGGACAGAGAUGUUUGACAGUGCUCCUCAUCUGAGCCAUCUCUCAUUUGAGAACUGUAACCUGAGUUCCUUUAAUCCUUGGAAUAUCAAUUCAUCGGCAAGUAUCACCAUCAACUUGUACGGAAAUCCUCUGCUAUGCGACUGCCAACUCUCCUGGCUGCUCUCCAAGACCAAAAAAGUUGUGCUGCAAAAGGCUUCAGAGACUUUUUGCAACACACCCCAGGAAGAUGGACCUUCAACAUCUGUUUCACUGCUUGAGCUCCAUGAUAAAUGCCAGUCUGUGGGAAAUGUUACACACCCAAAUUCAAACACCUCCCUUCCUGAACAUGAGGCUGUCAGCCUCACCAGUUAUAAUGCCACUACUGCAGUAACAACAGACUCUGCUCUGCUAACCAAAGACACUUACACCAGCUCCCCAACUCAGAGGAAUGUAAUGAGCACAACGGCAGCCAAACCAACUGAGGUCAUGCUCACAAAGGCCAACAUUUCCUCCCAGGAAGAGGAGGCAGCUUCCAAAUCCACAAGCCACCCCCCUUCUCUUGCAUCCAUAACCACCCCACAGAGUUUUCUCAAAGAGUUCCAUAGUCAAUCCUCAGAUUAUGGCUCCACAAGUCAAACUGAAACAUAUCAGCUAAAGAGAGAGCUCAGAACAACUGAUGUGACGUCUCCCCGGGAAGGUCCAUUCAACCAGCCCACUACAGAUUAUUCUACUAAAGCAACAGCAAAACCUAAUGCCACUGACCAUUAUAUCUACCCCUUUGCUGUUCACACUGGGGGACCUACAAGCCUACCACAGGUGAACUCCACAAGGACCAGUGCUCGGCCAGAGCUAGGGUCCACCAGGUCACUGAUACACUAUGUAGAUGACUAUGAUUACAAUGAGCAGCCGACAGAAACCCCAGUGCAAGUUGCAUAUGUUGCCUGUGACUACAACCCUUGCAGACACCUUCAGAGGCCAUGCAGCGAACUUCAGAGUGUAUCCCAGUGUCUGUGUCCUGGCAUGUCGAGGGAAGAUGAGGUUCCAGAUCCACCAACGCUCAGAGAGGUGUCUGAAGUUACAGACAGCUCUGCACAGAUCCGCUGGUGUGCCCCAAAUUCAGUUGUUCAAACCUAUGAGCUGAUGUUUCAUGCCCAGGGCAAGGAGGACAGAAAGCUUGUCCUGGACAAUAUUUAUUCCACAGCAAGGCAGCACACGCUGUAUAAUCUAUCACCAUACACCACGUACCACAUCUGUGUGACUGCUUCUAACAAAGCAGGGUCCAGCCAGGCAGUAAGCCAGGGAAUUGCAGGUAAUUCAUGCACCAAAUUUAAAACAAAACCCAGCUACAAGUCUGUCUUUGCUGCUCUGUCUGCAGCAAGUGGACUCUUUCUUAUUUCCACUAUCAUUUUGUCUCUGUUUCUGCGUAAGGCAUGCAAAAAGCCUCAGAGUGAGCAGUAUGGUACACACUUGGUCUCUUAUAAGAAUCCAGCAUUUGAUUAUCCAUUAAAACUACAGACUACUAAUUAGCUUUAGGUGAUUGUUUUGCACAUUCAAAGCUCACUGCCUCUAUCACCUUGGUGUAUUUUUCUGAGAUUCUUAAAGUCCUUCAGCAAAUUUAUGAAACAUUAGACUUCAUGGCCUGCAUGUUUCUAAGGAAGAGAAAAACACACACACAAAAAACUUAAAAAAUAAUAAUGAAGGUAGCCAAACUGAAAAAAGCCUUUGGACUCUCAUUCAUGUGCUAACCAAUAAACCUGGACACUAACCUUGAAAAGUUGUUUUUAUAACCACUUACAAAUACACUAGUGUACAUUUCACACAGCAAGAGGCUGCCUAGCCAGCUGUCUGCCUCCAGCACCUCAUGGAUAUGGUCUGCCAAAAGCCAUGAUCCAAGACACAUCUAGCUAAGCAACACAGACACCACUUUUAUUCACAUUAGUGAAGCUGGGGUUUCAGUUUCUCCAAAUGUCUAUAUAAAGGCAGAUAUCCAAGAAAGACUAUCACUGGAAGGAGUGAAAGGUCUCCUUGGGCUCAUUGGCAAGGUGCUGUGCAGAUCUAACUCCAGUAAAUAACUGGUGACUGCAGCUGCUCAGCAGUUUUCCUGAAACUUCAGGAGCAGGAAAAAGUAACAUGGGGAUCAAGUUUUAAAAGGACAGCAAGACACUGCAGGAUCCUUAGGGCAGAGAUAAUUGUUUGGUUCUGACUUUGUAUGAUUUUUUUCACAACUGAGGCUACUGAGUGCUACACCAAUACCAAUUUACAGGCAGUGAGGAGUUUGUAGUACAGCAGUAACCCACAGAGGGGGGAGCACAUUAUCAUUUGCUUCACAAUUGAUUUUAAGCUGAGAUGGUUGCUCAGUUCCAUCGACAGAUUUAGCAGGCUGCUCAUUUACCUCAUACUGAGGUAAAGAGCCAAGUAAUUAAACAAUGUAAUGCGAAUGUUGCUGAGAGUUGAAAACCUGAAAUCCUGUCCACUAGCAGCAGACAUUUUUCAAAUGUACUUUGGGGUGCUAAUUUCUGCUAAAUAAUAACAGAUGCUGGGAAUUCCAGUUCUUCAUCAGCUUUGAGCUUGUCAUUAAAAUUCAGAGAUGCUUGUGGAAAGGGAGGUGUUUGUCCAAAAUACUUUCUAUUUGGAGACCCACAGGUUUAUGUUCCAGUAGCUGCAUGUUUCUGUUGCUGUAUACUGCUGUACAGAUACAAGAUGUAAGAUCUCAGAGAGUGAAUGUGCUAUACAGUGUAAAAUAGUUUCUGUUCUGUCCAAUUUUUUUUAAUGCUUCUGGUAUUAAUGAAAAUAAAAGCU